AUGGCUGCGAUUCAGUUUUUUAUAUUCGUUCUGAUCUCUGUGAAUUUUGUAAGUUGCCAAAACUUCAGUGAACUACUACGUGAACGUGCUGAAAAUGAAGCUGCCUCUUACAACCUCAAAGAAGUGUCGCCUAAGUGCUCCAGGUACUUCCUAAACAUCGCCUCAAACAUUGACACCUUCAAGUACAUGUUCGAUUCUUCAGCGAUUUAUCCCCAAGGAGUCCUCCAGGGGAACAUAUACAACCUGGGGAUGUACGACGAGUGCAUGGCAAUCAAAGGGGUGUUCGAGGAUGAGGAGUUCCAAGGAAGAUAUUGCUUGACCUCCUCCAGUUACACCGUCUCUUUUUUUCCAGUCAAAUUGGCACGUUGCGUCCCAAGUUUUUGUACCCAUGAAGAUGUCACCUCAAUAUUCGGGAAUCAGGUCGACGAGGCAAGUUGCUACAGCUACGCCGACGACAAUCCUAUUGGUACUGGAGGAAUUAUAACCAUUACGAUCCUCGCCCUUUUCGCCUUAAUAACUGUGGCCUCCUCAGUGUACGAGUACUAUUUGCUUAAGACCAACAAGGGUAAAUCCUAG